AUGGAAAGCUUGUGGUUCACAGAAGGAAAUUACAUUACAAGAAGAUUUGUCUUUAAUGGCAAAGAACUAGCCAUGUUAAAGGAUAUUGCCAAAGCUGGCAAUCCUGAUGCUAACCCAGCAAGAAUUCAAGCAUUGACAUGUUUCGUUUUGAAAUGUUGUAUGGCUGCUUCAAGGGCAAUAUCAGGUUCCCCAAAACCAUCCAUUUCAGUUGAAACAGUCGAUCUUCGGUCGCGAACAAAGCCACCCAUAUCCGAUGCUUCCACUGGGGAUAUCUCUUGGUGGGCAACCGCAGUUGUCGAACCCAUGGGCAGAAAAACAGAGUUGCCUGAAUUAGUGAACAUAUUGAGGGAAGCUACUGCUCUGUACGAGAGUGAUUACACACAGACUCUACAAAGUGAAGAAGGGUUUGUAACCAUGUCAGAAUACUGUAACCAGCUAGAAGAGUUAUUUUCUCUUGAAAAACCAGAUAUAUUUCCAUUUACUACUUGGUGUCAUUCUGGUUUCACUAAGACCAACUUUGGAUGGGGAGAACCCAUUUGGGUUGGUCACAUGGGGAAGGUCGGCCCUGCUUCCAGAAAUCUCACUAUGUUUAUUGAAACCAAAGAUGGUAAAGGAAUUGAGGCAUGGGUCACCUUAGACAAGGAAAGAAUGGCUAUCCUGGAACGUGAUCCUGAAUUCUUGGCUUUUGCAUCUCCAAAUCCCAAGAUUUCAAGCCUCUGA